UUAAAUAAGAGCCUAUUAUGGGACUGUUUAUUAUUUUUUCCGGAGAAAAUUAAAGACAUAGACAUGGACCUUAUAAAGGAAAUUUCUCGGUUUAACUUGUGCUAAUGAUUGCAACAACAAUCACAGUGGUUUUAUAACUAAUAAGAAAUGCAUUUAUACAAAGGAGAAAGGGCUAUCGAAGAACUGUCACUUGAGGUGUUGAGACUGGAACUUCUUGAAUUAUCUAUUUUAUUCAUUCUCAAGAUAUUGUCCAACUUUUUAAUUAAAAGCCAAAGGGAAGUUUUGUGUCCAUUUUUGCUAGAAAAGACCAAUUACUUGGAAAGUUGUGUUCUUCUAUUGAGUCUUGCCACUCAUGAUCCUUAUUUCUUGAAAGUGGCAGGUUUGAGGAAAGAGCUGAUACGCGGCGUUGCUGUGUUGAGCUUCGAGUAUUUACCAGCUCAGAACAGGGCGAGGGAAUUGGGCGUUCUUUCUUUAAUAGCUAAGCAACUGGAGUGGGACCCUAUGAACCAGUAUAUAAGAGAAUGGUCUAUUUUUGCCUUUCGCAUUCUCGAGUAUAAUUACCAGGGAACUUUAGAAUCUUAA